AACGGGCCGCCAUGUUGAGCGGAGGCGGAGGAGGGCCGGGGGGCUGGCUCCGCCCCAGGGGCGGGGGUUUCCCCGGCUGGCUCCGCCCCGGGUGGGGGGGCGGGUCCCGUCAGACUGCCUCCGCCCCGAGGGCGGGGGUUUCCCCGGCUGGCCCCGCCCCGGGGGGCGGGUUUGCCUGCUGUUCCGCCCCCGGGGCGGGGUCACCCGGAGAGGCCCCGCCCCUCCCCUUUUCCGGGCGCCCCCCCCCCGGGGGUCCCCGCCGUCCCGGCCAUGGUCCCCUGGGUGCUGACCCUCCUGCUCCUCGCCGGGGGGGCCCGGCCCGGCCCGGCCGCCGCUGGCAGCGGCCCCCCCCGCCCCCCACCGCCUGCCCCCCCCGCCGGGUCCCGCUGCCCCCCGGGCACAUACCCCCACCCGCCCCCCCGCCACCGCCCUGGCCGCUGCCCCACCGCCGGGAACGAGACCCCCGUCGUCUGCAAAGAGUUGCGGUGCCCGUCGCCGCUGUCGUUCCCGCAGGGGACGCUCUCCCCCCGCCGCCCCUCGCACCCCCCCCGGGGCCGUUCUGGCCUUCGCCUGCGACGACGGGUUCGUGCUGCGGGGCCCGGCCCAGAGGCGCUGCCGGCCCGGAGGCCUCUGGAGCGGCACCAGCCCCGUCUGCGACGACGGCGGUGAGAGCCGGGGACACCGGGA